AUGCCCACCGCGCCAUCACCAGGCUCAUUUGCGGGCCUAUCAACCGAUGGCUCUCCGGGACAUCGGUUCAAGAAACACAAAAUCUUACCCCAUCCCACCAAGGGCAGUCUAUCGAGCCUCAACGGCAGCAUAGCUGGCCCCAAAAAGUACGAUUUGAGGAUCGAUACGACAUCCUCGACGGAUUCAGGCUCCCUGCCCCCAAGUCCCCGUGCACUGAGGCACCAAGCGAGGAGGAUAGGCAGCGGGCCAGACCUGCCUCCGACGCCUCCCGCGCAUUCACGCACUUCGUCCUCGAGCCACUCUGCGCUACCGUCGAGCCCGACUUGUAUCGAGAGUCCCGCGCGAAGCACGGAUGAUGUGUCAAGGAAACAGCCCACCACCCCCGUAAAUCAGAGAAGCCCACCGACACCAGACGUCACCCCACCACAAGCCAUGCCUGAGCGCCGUCCGCGUCUCUUCCGCCCCGUCAUCACCGACAGGAUACCGUCAAAGACGACGACGGACUCCCGGACGGAAUCUUUCAAAACCGCGAGGGAGAACCCAGAGACUUCAGAUGAAGAAGAUGGAAGAUCAACCCUCCGAGCUGUCUUGCCCUCCGCCAAAACGUCUCAGAGUACGGUUCGCCAGUCGCCAAGAGAGGGUAGGAAGAAGAUCCAACCUGUCGGACUCGGACUCGGACUGGAGUCGAGUGUUGAUGAGAGCCUGACCCCACGGUCCAAGGGCGAGUUUGGAGCCUUUGACGGGGAAUGGGGCGGAUCGAGCAGCGAGGUUGAACAAGAGUGGGACUACAACCUUGAGAGGAGUGUGACCGUCCGAAAACGGUCUGUACGGAACCAAGUGAAUGGACAUCAAGAAGUGCUCGAAGAUGUGACUGUCUCGCCUACCAAUGCCGCCAAAGCGGUCAGGUCGAUGACGCUUCCCGAGCGUAUCAUGGCAUUGCCCUCGCCACCACAAGACACACCCGGCAGGAUGAGGCCUCGUAUUGCGUCUGGCCCGAAUCCUUCCGAAAGCUCCGUCAGCACAGACACGAGACGGUUCUCGGGCAUGUCCUCCAAGUCGACCGUUUCCACCGUUGUUGAAGCAGUACUGGUUGACAACACACCGAAACGGCAGAGGACCCUGCGUCAUGUGAGGAAAAACAUGGCACUCCGUGAUUCAAACUCGGAUCUCUCACCUACAAGCUCCGCACCGACCUCCGUGGGCCAGGACGAAUGGAUCAGGAGACGCCCGGCACCACGGCGAUACCAUGACGUCCGCCAUGACAGCUUGGCGUCAACUGGCACGGUCAAUUCUAUCAUGAGCCGAAAGGCCAGGCGCGAUGUGUGGAAGAAUGGCGGGAUCCCCGUAGUCAUAGUUCCUGAACGCCAGUCGUCCGUGAGAUCGAGCGCCGAGCCAUCCUUGCGAUCUACCAGCAGUCGACGAUCCAAGAGAAGCCAAAGUCUGCACUCGGUGCCACUGUCACAGAUUUCCAAGAGCCAUGAUCUCACACCACUGUUUGAUCGUCCGUCACGGAGAGGCAAGCCUAAUUCCGAGUCUGAUGGCUCGGCGCCUGGCGAUCAACGGACUAUGGACUACCCACCAGCAGUACCAAGGCGGACGUCUUCCUUGUCAGCUCCGACCAGUCGCAAUACGUCCCGCGCUGGCUCAAGGGCGGGGUCCCUUACUGCUGAAAGCUUGAAGGCUCACAAUGUGUUACAGAAUCAAAUGCACAUUCGACAGAACCAGGUCGGGAAAGACGAGGAGACGCCGACGGCUAGAGAGGCCCCCGAAGUGACGGUCCGCGAAGCGCCCUCGGCCGACUCGUUGCAUUUGGCGAAGAAUCACCCUGAUGCGCACAAACUCACUGCCGAUGCGCAUCGCGAGCUUCAUUUCGGGAGACUCUCUGCCAAAAACACGCCGUUCUCCCAGAUAUCUGUCGAGACCAAUGGCACGUCUCAUCAUUCGCACGCCGAAGUCUCGGAGGCACUGGCCGUCAAUAUCUACCCACACCAGAACACGUCCGUCCUGAUGGUUGAUCAUUCCAAUAGACCAUCUGAAGUCUGGCAAUCCGGACAUGUUAAGGAGGAUGAACAGGCCAAUGGAACUGUACAGACUCCGGUCAUCAAGACUACCGCGCCAGAUGACGAGCUGCCCGUGACGCCUCCUCAACCCAAAUCGUCCCAGGACGAGGUUGAUUCGCCCUUGAGGAACCCGCGAGCACCGCCAGAACCACCUGUGCUCAAGCUGAUCCCCGCGACGCCUUCUGGCCUGACGCCCAUGCAAGAGAAAGAGAAGCAACUGGGGAACUUUUUCGAGGAACCUGAGGUGCCCCAGGAGAAGCCUAAGCGCAGCGUAUCGUUGGUUCGCAGGGCUCUUGGCCAACGUCGAUACUCGGAGUAUGGCCCCUCGGCGUCACGCAGAAGUGGCUUUCUUACCCGUACAUUGUCUCUGACAAGGGGGACACACCGGCGUUUGCGUACUCGCGGCGAUCUCGAUGACGACAUGGGACCUGUCAUUGUACGGUAUUCGAUUUCCGGCAGUGAGCCGGCCGACGAGACGCGACUGCACCCAUUCUGGCGGCCAGCGUCAUCCUACCAGUACGAGGAGGCCUUUGACGACGACGACGACGACGAGGGCUUCGUGCGCGAUGCAGAGGGUGAAUCUCGUCGAUAUCCUCCCAUCACACGCAGAGCGGCGGCCCCUCCGAGGCGAAGCUUCAGUGCUCGUGUCAAGCGGACCUUUGCUAUCCUGCCGAUCAACGAUCCUGACGACGACUAUCUAUCUGCGAGUCCUGAUGGGCCUGAGCGGAGGACCGUGCGCCGCACGCCCAGUGGAGCACUGCGCGUAGUGAAGCACAGAGCGAGCCUGGACUCGCUGCGGCGCUACGCUGCCGAGGACGGGCGCCCCUUCACUGCGCCCGAGCAGAGAGGAAGAUCACGCCGGUACUUCUGGCAGCCGCAGACGCUGCUGGCGAGGAACCGGUCGUCGUCGUCGUCGUCGCGGCGCGAGAACAAGUGGACGCGCAUCUUCCCCGGGCUGGGAACCAAGCUCGUGGAGUACGGGCCCGCGAACCUGCCGCGGAGGAUCAGCGAGAGGCGGCGCGAGAAGAGGACCCGCGAGCUGAGGGAGAAGAUCAGCGGGCCGCGGGAGGUCCGGGACGGGGUCGGGGACGUGAUCCGGAGGAGGAGCUACAAGGACGCGUAUACUCAGGCGCAGGCAGCCUAG